GCGAGUCUCAGCUAGUCUCCAAUAAUUCUCCUGCUGCAGACCCCCGGAGUCUUAUUUUUCUGCCGCCGAAUGCCCAGGAACAGCAACUUUUUCAUCGCGCAAAUCCGAGCUUCCCAUUGGCGGAUGUCAGAUCUGAUGCCGACUGUCGCCUCAAUCGCAGCUGCAAUUAGACUGCUAAGGGCGGACUUGGUUCGGAAUCGGUCAAGGCUGUCGGCCCCCUGCGGCUCCUGGCGGUAUCGGGGGGCAGUCGAGGUACUUUCGGUUAUGGUGGCAGCAGGCGGCAGAUCCAGGUACCGGGCUAUCAAGGAGUACCGUCAAGUCCCGCUCCGCACAAUCAUCACCAGUGGGUUGUGGUGAGGCGAUACCGCGACCUGGAGAAUCCAGUACGAGUACAAAGCUUAUACCAAGGUUUUGCGACGGCGGCCCCCCAUGCAACGCGAGGAUAAGGAGGGCCAGCCUUGUACACCGAAUGUACAGACGUGACGUGCCGCAGACGCAGCGGAGG